GCAAGAUGCUCACCUGUGAUGUAGCAAGCAAAGAGAGGCACCGCGCCCCGACGCGUAGACAGAGGGCUGAGCCAGCCGUGGGGCGCGAUGGAUGCAUGGGGCGACCCGUCUUCUUCCGUCAAGACGCACAGGACGGGCAGGCCGCCUCCCUCAGCCAGGGAGCCGCGCGGCCGGCCGCGCCCGCGCGUCUGAGUGACUGGGCGGCCGCCAGUAGAAUCGCCAUCCUCCCAGGCCAGGCGCCGGGGCCAGCGACAUUCAUGAUGGGGCGCGCCAACGACUCCGCCAAGCGUCACGCCAGCCGUUGCCUGUGUCCGCCCCUUCGUGUGCUGGGUGGCCCCCUUGAUUCAUUGGCGGCGGCUGGUUCUUCGGUGGGCCUGCCGCUGCCCUUCGAGUGCUUGCGUGCCCCGGCCGCCCCGGGGCGCGCGCGGGCCCCUCUGCGGCGGCGGUGGGGUUUUUGAUCCCUCGCGGCCCUGCAUCUGCGUGGGCGGCCUUGCGCGGUAUGUCCGAGAGGACCCCGCAGCCGCCGCGCGCGCAUGGUUGUUUGGCGUGCCUGCUCCGGUCCGCUCUUGGUACUAGGCCUGUUCCCGUGUUGCUGGCCCCAUUCGCGGGGGGCCUUUUGGCAGCGCGAUGGAUGGGCGUGGUGCCUAGUGACGCGGGGGCAUUACUUCAAACAUGUGGGGCGUUGGCCCGUUGCCCAUUGCCGCGCAUGGCGCGCCCGCCCUGUAAGCGCUGCCCGUAUUUCGCAGCCGGAUGGGGUCCGUCGCUUUGGGAAUCACGAAUGACAGACUUUGCCCUGUGCAUGAAAUGUCUUGGCAGUAUCCUGUGACGCAGCCGGCCUCUGGCCCCGUGCCCCGCUCUUCCCGGGCGGUGUUAGUUUGCAGGCCGGCGUCACCGAGAGUGUGUGUCUUAAAUCGUGAAAGGAGAGGGGA